UCACAUGAAUAUUUUUUAUGCCUAUGCACGAAAUUAUAAAUAGCUGCGCUCAAAACAAAAAUUGGCGUCGGUCAGUGAGUUUCGAUUUAUUAUUCAUGGUCCCAGUUUACCGACAGAGUUGACGAGAAGCGAAGAACGAAACUGUUCAAAGUUGUUUAGCUGGCACUUGUUUCUAAGCAUAGGAAUUUCAUUCACACAUCAACAAGCAUGGCUAAUACUUCAGCAGACGCGAAACAGUUUCCGCUCGUCCCCAAGAUUAUCAAUGGUGGCAUUGCUGGCAUCAUCGGCGUGUCAUGUGUUUUUCCUCUUGAUUUGGUGAAAACGCGACUGCAAAAUCAACAAGUCGGUCCUAAUGGCGAGCGAAUGUAUAAAUCUAUGUUUGAUUGUUUCAAAAAGACCUACAAAGUGGAAGGUUAUUUUGGAAUGUAUCGAGGUUCUGCCGUUAACAUUCUUCUGAUCACUCCUGAGAAAGCUAUCAAAUUAGCAGCCAACGAUUUUUUCCGACAUAAUCUAAGAACGAAAGAUGGAAAACUACCUAUCACUCGUCAAAUGGCUGCUGGAGGUCUGGCUGGACUUUGCCAAAUUGUAAUCACAACACCGAUGGAGCUUUUGAAAAUCCAAAUGCAGGACGCUGGGCGUUUAGCCGCACAAGCCAAAGAAGCCGGAAAAACUAUACCAAAAACAUCAGCAACUCAGAUUGCUCUUGAGUUGAUCAGAACUAAAGGAAUUACUGGCCUAUAUAAGGGUACAGGUGCCACCAUGCUGCGGGACGUAUCGUUUUCGGUAGUAUACUUCCCGUUGUUCGCAACACUCAACGAUCUCGGUCCACGGAAGGCGGAUGGAUCCGGAGAAGCGGUGUUUUGGUGUUCCUUCUUGAGUGGGUGUGCUGCUGGAUCUUUAGCAGCAUUGGCUGUGAAUCCAUUUGAUGUCGUCAAAACACGACUCCAAGCACUCAAAAAGGCCGAAGGUGAAAUGCAAUUCAAUGGCGUCGCUGACUGUAUCAAAAAAACAUUCGUUAAUGAAGGACCCAAAGCAUUUUUCAAAGGCGGACUUUGCCGUAUGAUUGUUAUAGCUCCGUUGUUCGGUAUUGCGCAGAUGGUGUACUUUUUAGGUGUAGCUGAAUCCAUUCUUGGAAUUAAACAGACGAAAGUUUAAAGCCAUAUCAGUAAAUUUAUCGUACCGAAAAAAAUAUUUGAAGCAACUAAAAUGCUAAAGUCAAUUAGCUAGUAAAAUGCAGGACAAACAAAUUUGCUGACGUUGCCAACCAUCCGAAGUAUAAAAAUAUUCCCGAAACAGCAUUUUAAUAAUUGUACUGUAUGUAAAAGUUGAUCUGUGUUAAAAUCAUGAAACAAAUUGCACGGCCACGUGACGUCGAAAGUAGAACUGUUGUUUAAUUAAACAUAAGUAUUGGUAUUUCAACGAAAUUGACUACGAGGUAUAAAAUACUAGUAAAAGUCCUCCUUAAAAGGAAAUAUUCAAUGUGUAUUAUUUGUCCAAUGUAGAUGUGUGCCUGCAAACCUAAUAAACGUGAUUGAUGCUGACAAUAAAAUUGUAAUCGCAAGCUUCAA